UCCCCCCCGACCAUGGACUUGCGUGGAGUUGAGAUGCGCCUCGGCCACCAGGCGCGGGUGGCGGCCCGACCCCGGGGGUGCGCGGGCGCGCGCGCCGGGAUGGCGAGGUAGGAUGGCCGCGCAGCACGACCCCUGCCGCCCCCACGCAGCGGUCCCCGGGCGGUGCCGCUAACUCGGCCGAGCGCACAGCGGUGUGGGCGGACGCUGCGGGCCGCGCGCGCCUUCGCCGCCGCCUCGCCUCUCGCAGACACUCGCACCUGCCCGCGCCCGGACCAUGUCGAAGGCGGCUGCGGGCGCGGCGGCAGCGCCGGCGGCCGAAAGUUGUGCCCCGGCUUCGGCCGGCCCCCCGGUCGCCGCCGCCGCCGCCGCCGCCGCCGUGGAGGACCUGUCCAAAGUAUCGGACGAGGAGCUGCUGAAGUGGAGCAAGGAGGAGCUGAUCCGCAGCCUGCGGCGCGCCGAGGCCGAGAAGGUGAGCGCGAUGCUGGACCACAGCAACCUCAUCCGCGAGGUCAACCGCCGCCUGCAGCUGCACCUCGGCGAGAUCCGCGGGCUCAAGGAUAUCAACCAGAAACUCCAGGAGGACAACCAGGAGCUGAGGGACCUCUGCUGUUUCCUGGACGAUGACCGGCAGAAAGGCAAGAGGGUUUCCCGGGAGUGGCAGCGACUGGGCCGCUACACGGCUGGGGUGAUGCACAAGGAAGUGGCCUUAUACCUGCAGAAGUUGAAGGAAUUGGAGGUGAAGCAGGAGGAGGUAGUGAAGGAGAAUAUGGAGCUCAAAGAGCUCUGCGUGCUGCUGGACGAGGAAAAGGGUGCUGGCUGUGCUGGCAGCCGCUGCUCCAUCGACAGCCAGGCCAGCCUGUGCCAGCUUGCAGCCUCCACCGCCCCCUACGUGCGGGAUGUGGGUGACGGCAGCAGCACGUCCAGCACGGGCAGCACCGACAGCCCAGAUCACCACAAGCACCAUGCCAGCAGCGGCAGUCCUGAGCACCUGCAGAAGCCCCGGAGUGAGGGCAGCCCAGAGCACUCCAAGCACCGGAGCACCAGUCCCGAGCAUCUCCAGAAACCCAGGACCUCCGGGACCCCAGAUCACCCAAAGGCACUCAAAGGACCCAGCCCCGAGCACCACAAACCCUUGUGUAAGGGCAGCCCGGAGCAGCAAAGGCACCCGCACCCCGGGAGCAGCCCCGAGAUGCUGCCCAAGCACAUGCUGAGUGGGAGCCCUGAGCACUUCCAGAAGCACCGGCCAGGGGGCAGUCCUGAGCACGCCAGGCACAGUGGAGGCAGCCCUGAGCACCUGCAGAAGCACGCCCUCAGUGGGAGCCUGGAGCAUCUCCCCAGAGCCAGGGGGACUAGCCCUGAGCACCUGAAACAGCAUUAUGCGGGGACCCCUGAUCACAAACACAUGGGCGGAGGAGGUGGAGGCAGUGGAGGAGGCAGCCGGGAGGGCACCCUCCGAAGACAGGUGCAGGAGGACUUGUCACCCCAUCACCGGAGUGUCUACAGCGGCAUGAAUGAAUCAACAUUGUCCUAUGUUAGGCAGCUGGAGGCAAGAGUAAGACAGCUGGAGGAAGAAAAUCGCAUGCUGCCCCAGGCCACCCAGAAUAGAAGGCAACCUCCAACUAGAGACAGCUCAAAUAUGGAGAAAGGCUGGGGGCCCAGAGCCCGGCGGGUCUUGCAGUGGUGGCAAGGGUGCGGAGGAAUAGGACGAUGCCUGCCCACUCUCCCGGGUUCUUUUAGGUUGUCAUCAGGGGCUGAUGGGAGUAACAGUUCACCCAACACUCCAGCUAGCUUCAGUGGACAUACCACACCUUCUCAGCAGCCUGAACCUGUGGUACAUUCUCUUAAGGUCUUGGAUAUUGAGGAAACUAUAGAUCGUCAUCAGGGUAAAGAGUAUGAACAUGACCUUAGUGAGACAGAAAAAGCUAUAGUCAGAGAAGUGUGCAAUGUUGUGUGGCGGAAACUUGGCGAUGCUGCAGGUUCCUGUCCUGGGAUUAGGCAACAUUUGUCUGGAAACCAGUACAAAGGACCAAUGUGAGAAGCAUUCUCUUUGGAACAGAAGAUCACCACUGCCAGAAAGAAAUAAAGGAAGAAAGAGUGAUUUCUACAAACCUGAACUCAUGGAACAUGGAGUGAUUGCUCAUUGCAUCCAUUUUCUCUUUAAAUCCUCAGUAUAAUUAAAGCUGUAUUGUGUUUCUCACUUCUAUGUUCACAACAGUCAAUCUCAAACAAGGUAGUUUUGAGAAUUACCAUUUUGUUACCAAUAUUUUCAUUAGAACUAAAGUAGUUUUUGACUCCUCAUAUCUAAGAUUCUUAUUGGGAAAUUGCAUGACUGGCCUAUUUCAAUAGAGCGUCAUUGGUUCUGAUAGUUGACUCAUUGCAUAUAAUGGUGGAGUUUUCUACCAUGUUUUAUUGAAGAUAAGAACAGUUGUCUACAAUCUUCCCAAGUUUGAAAGUUGGCCACUUCUUAUGUUAGAGGCAAUGCAUAUUAGUUUCCUAAUAUAUAUUUAAUGUGGAUACAAGAUAAGAUUAGGUUUCUGGAAUUUUGUUCUGAUGUUUGAGGUGCUAAAAAUACCAUAGAAAAUUUUCUUACCAGCUAGAAGGGUAGAAAGACUUUGUAGAGUGCUUAUCAGAGAGUACCAUUUAUGUCAGCUGAUCAAAACAAAUAUUUCUUUUAAUCUUAAUAUAUUCAUGAAGAUACAUUUGGGGGAUAUAUCAACCUCUAUAUUCAUCAGUAUAUUCAUUGAUGUAGUAUUAACAAUUUUAAUGAAAUAAACAAGCAAACACAAUUUUUCUAAGUGUUUCCAGCUGUGAGAUGUCAAUUUCUACAGUUUAGUUUCUAGCCAUGCUGUUAUAUUUAAUAAACUUUAUGUAUACUUUAAAAUAUUGCACUGCAUUAUGGAAAUAGCUUUUUUUGCCUAUAGCAGCUAUCUAAUGUUUUCUGAAACUGGUGCAUGUCUUUCAUUAUUGAGGCAAACAGAUCUUUUUCAGAUUGCUUAAGGUUUGAAAAAGAAGUGUUGCUAGCUUUGCUUAGUUAUUUUUCUUUUGGAAUAUGUGUGUGUAUGUGUGUGUGUGUGUGUGAGAGAGAGAGAGAGUGUGUGUGUGUGUGUGUGUAUACAUAUAUACAUAGACCUGUAUUCAUAUAUACACACACACUUAUACUUUUAGACUGUGUGUAUUGAAAAUGCUAUGGUAGAUAUUUUGUCUUUAUUCAAAUGAUAAAUGGUAGUUUCUUGUAUGAAUGUGCAAGAGGCCUGUGACAGAAUGCUAAAUUUUUAUUGUUGUUUAAGAUAAUAAAAGUAGGAAUGCAACAAUUCCCAUUUUUUUAAUUUCUUCUAAAUUGUUCAGAUUUGAUUCAUAAUAAGUACUUUGUUGUUGUGGUUGUUUUUAAAAUAGGCUCAUUACACAGUGGGCUCAAUAUAUAGUGUGUUAAUUGUCAUUGGUGAAGGAAUGUGAAGGAAUUAACUAUACUUUCAGUGUUUAGUGUGACAAAAUCCAACCCUCUUUUCAGAAAAUAUUUAUGAAUUAAUUUACUGUAGAAUUAUCUCUAUUGUAAUUGGAUAAUCACUUAAACCUAUCUUUCUUUUAAAAUGUUAUAUAUUUUAAAAUAUUACUGCUCUCUGAAAGAAAACUGCUUGCUAUAUUUACACAUUCUCUCAUAGAAAAUCUUUCAUCUUUAAAUUGUUGUAUUCCUACAUACUGAAAACAUUUAAAAUAAGUUCUGUGCCUGCAGUAGAGCCUGCAGAAACUAAUACAAAGAACACUGGUCUUUUGACAAAAUACUUGUGUAAAUUUUGAUACUGUAUUAAAACUAUUUUUUUAAAGUUCUGCAUAAAUUGAGUAUUAAGUAUGUGUUCAUCUUAGCAAUAGUAAUAAAUUAUUUAAUCUCCCA